AUGGGUUUUGAAGACGCAAUAAUAAAAUUACGCGAGCCAGCCCCGCAAUAUGUACUGGGAUGUCUUCCAGCAAUCGCGACGGUUGGAACGACUCCUUACGAAGGUUUAAUCACCAAGGUGUUAUGGAUACUUCGGUGCCUCGGGUCGCCCUUUUGCGGCCUUAUGUACUUUUGCGCCGUAGGCCAUGAUCAAAUCGCUAUGUGUGUGUAUUGGUUACCGCAUACCAGUUUCAAGAUGAUUAGAGAAAGUACAAAUAGAUUUGCAAUUAACGAAGGAGGUGACAAUACCUAUGAACCUAUACCAUACAGAGUUUUCGGAUACCAUGCCCGAGAGUUAGUUCUUACAGAUGAGCAGAGGAACAUAUUGAAUGGUUGUAUUGCCGAGGCAUCAGCGCUUGAUAGGUUAGCAUCCGUCGCGUCAGCAUACCACAUUAUGGUUGGCAUAUUUUCCGGACUUUCUCGAAUCGUCGGUACAUGCAUAAAGCAGGAUUGGCCUCACAUUCCCAUGUCUCUGGCAUGGAUACUACCAGCAAUUUACGUGCGAGUAAUAUAUGGGAAAGUGGUCUUCGUUGAUCCCCGUAAUAAACUUACAGAUGAAAUAAUAGUAAGACAACUUGAUCCACGUAAAAAAAAAAUCAUAUCCAUCUACGUUACACUUAUUGCUUUAUUAACUAUAAUAUUUCCUUGGACCGCGGUAAUCCUUGCGUACAUUACUCCGCCAAUAGGAUUCUAUUGCCGAAGUAAGUUUCUAUCAAUUAUCUGCUCAAUCUGGUCAUUAAAUUCUAUCGUGGCUUUUCUUUCCCACAUAAUGGGAGAAAAAACAGCGGAAUGUGGUAAAAAGCGGAGUUUUUUGUUUUGCUUUUCGGGUCUAGUUAUCCUUUUUCUUUUUGCCUUUCUGGGCGUAUUAUCAGACCAGUCAACGCUUUGGGUUCAAAUAUUUGGCCAAUCUUGCGAUAUUUCGGGUGCAUGUACUAAAUCUGAAUGA